AGUAACUUCCGGUGUGCCUUCGUCAGGUCUCCGCGGUCCUGCUGAGUGUGUGUGUCACAGUGUUACACACACACUUAGCACUGCAGGCACACCUGUUCAGGUGUGUGAGGAGCUUCCUGUCAGACUGAAGCAGGCGUGUGUUCACACUCAUGUUCCUGAAUCCAUCACUCUGCUGCUGGAGGCUCCUGCACGCGCUCAGUUUGGACUCACCUGGGCUCGUGCUCACACAUGGAUCCAGGUCCUGAUCCAGGUCCAGACAUGACUGUGGUCCUCCUGGGGAACUGUGGAGUGGGUAAAAGCGCUUCAGGAAACACGGUUUUGGGCCGAGCGGCGUUUGAGUCAAAGACGUCCUUCAAGGCGGGAGAGAGCGAGAUCAGAGAGGAGGCGGGGCGAGUGUUCGGGAAGGUGAUCCGCGUCAUCGACACUCCGGGAAUACUGGGACGAGAGGAGCCCGUCGGGAGGUGCUGUCGGCACGUGCUUGAGUCCCCCGGCUCUCACCUGUUCCUGCUGGUGAUUAAAACGGACCGAUUCACUGCCGAGCAGGAACGUGGCGUGGAGGCGGUGCUCGCAGCGGUGGGAGGGCGGGGCUUCAGCCGCUGUUACCUGCUCUUCACGGGUGGAGAUGCCCUGAAGAACACGUCGCUGCACGACUUCAUCUACCAGGACCGUCAGAGUCCGCUCCCUGGUGUGGUGGCGAGGUUCUCCGGGAGGGUUCACCUGUUCAACAACGAGGACGCAGGAAGAGAGCAGGUCCGAGAGCUGCUGCUGAAGGCGGGGCUUCUUCACUGCCCACCAGCUGAGUGUGUGGGGUCAGAGGUCAGGAGGAUCCUUCUUAUCGGUCCUGCUGGAGGUGGGAAGAGUUCUGCUGGGAACACUGUGCUGGGCCGCCGCCACUUCGAAGUGGACCGCGACUUCCACGGAGGCGGGAGAGGACACAUGUGCGGCGAAGCAGAGGGGGGGCAGGUCUUCGUGGUGGACUCGGCGGGACUCUCGGGUGAAGGUCUGACCCGGGAGCAGCUGCUCCGCGACGUCGAGAGCGCCGCCCGGCUCGCCGAUCCGGGACCUCAUGUGGUGGCGGUGGUGGUGAAAAUCGGCCAGCUUUCGGCCGCAGACUCGCGGGCGCUCGCCCUCCUGACCGAGCUGUUGGAGGGCGUGGCAUCCCGACACGCCGCUGUGCUGUUCACUCACGGAGACGCUCUGGGAGACCGCCGUCUGCAGGACGCGAUCAGGUCGAGCCGCCGCGUGUCAGACCUGGUGUCCCGCUGCCGGGGGCGACACUGCGUGCUGGACAACACUCGCUCAGGAGAGCGGGCGCAGGUGGAGUGCUUUCUCCGCCUCGUAGAUGACAUCAUCAGAGAGAACGAUGGACGCCACUGGAGCUGGGAAGCAUUGAGGUCAGGUGACUCGGAGGACACUUCCUGUUCGAACAACGUUGUCGAGCAUGCGCUCGUCGCGAGGACUCCUCCCUCUUUGCUGAGCGUGUGCUGGCGUCUCCUCUCUCUGAGCGCGCUCUUUGUGAGGCGUUAUUUCCACUGGAUUUAAAGGGGCGGAGCUGCAGAGCUGCUGGCUUCCUGUGAUUGGUGGAUCCUGGAUCACCUGUGCAGGUGAAAACUGUUUGAAGCUCAGCAUAGAUUAUUGAUGGACUGAUCAGUUAUUGAUCAUAAUGACUGUCUGUAUGGAACACAGUUACAGAAUUUCACUCCAACACACACAUACAUGGUGGUUGCUCACUAUAUACCAAUAUAGCUGAGCAGUGCAGGCUGUGGGUGAAUGUUUAUCUGAGCUGGUUCUGUGACUGGAGUUUAUCACAGGUUUGGUUUUGACAGUCUGAGGAGCUGCAAACAGACAGAUGAUGGGACUGGUUUAUAACACAGAUAAACCAGGGGGAGAUGGCAGGGAGAAUGUCUUUAAUGAGUGUAGGAGGGAGGAUGUCCGCUGGGCAGAAGAGCACAUGUGUGAGACUAAAACAUCUGUUGAGGACACGAGCUUAGGACAAGGACUGGGUGAGACCAGAUCUGUGACCGGUUGAUUUGUAAUUUCGUUUUGGUUAGUCCGCCCAGCCGUAAAGGCAGUUAUUGAUGGGGAGUGAGUUGUGUAAGGGCGGACUAACCUCCCUUUUUGUUUUUUGUUUAUUUGUUUCUGUCCUUUUUUAGUGAGGAUGUUUACUUCUUGCCAUUUAUGGCCUCACCUGUGUUUGUGUGUGGUUAGACCGUGUCGCGAAAUCGAUCAAUGUAGAGCAGUGAAACAAACCACGGAGGCCCCAGAAAAGUGCAAUCAAACGGUGAGUUUAUUAAUACAGAACAAAAUUACAGCAUGAGUCUUCUCUAUCUCUCUGCUAAAAAUACAUGUGGAGAACACUUUUAAAGCAUUGGGGUAUCCGCCCCCCCAUGGCGUCAAAUACAGGUCAAAAAUACAUUAUGUGCAGUCAUUGUUUUGCAGACAAUGGUACAUCUUGUACAUUUUUAAUAGCAAGACACAGACAUAUAACUUCUCUUUUCCAUAACACCUUCCAUGCACAAUCAUAGUCUUAAGCCUUCAGAGUAUCUGAGGGCUGGUUAUCUCCUCCAGUCAUCUGUUACCAGGUCGCUAAAAGGGCAGCCAGUUACAAAAAGGUCAAAGACACUUGCCUUUUAAGGUAACCAACUUCAAGCUACAGGGUCUCUAAGAGCUAAUAAUGGACACUCGUCAUUAAUCACUAAGUAGACUAAAUUGCAGCAAGUUUCAAGAAGGAGCAGAAGACACUUGGGCCUUCGCUCAGACCUGUCCCUAGAUUUAUGUGUAUUGUAAGCAUGCAUGCACUCAACCUUCUAUGUUCUCAUCUUCCCUCAACAUGUAUCACCUGGACACUCUCACCA